AUGGAGACGAUAUCCGCCAUCAAAGCUGAAGCAGCUCCUGCUGAGAACAACUUGAUUGAGAAGGAAGGAUCUGAUACGAAGGGGAUCAUAGAAGGAUUAGCUGAUCGUCUUCAGAAGAUGGAAGAAAAGAUGGAUUUGUUGAUCUCAUUGAUCAAUUCAAACAAUGAAGCUUCUGUAUCUGUAAAAGCUGAGACAAAGAGCUAUGAGGAGCCUUGUAAGAAAAAAGCUAAAACAGAUGCCAAGACUCAAACAAAGGAGAGCUCUAGUGAUGAUUCUAACGAGGAAUCUGAUGAAAAUAAGAAUGAUAGACGUUUCUUUAGUGCUCGUGGUCGUGGUCCUCGUGGUGGUGGUCCUCGUGGUCUUAAUGUCGGUGGUCCAUAUGCUGGUGGUCGUUGUGGCGGUGAUGGUUUCUGUCGCAAAUGUUGA